UUGUUCUGUCAGAUUGACAGAAUUGCAAGACAAUAAAUAUUAAGGCAAAAAAUAAUGUUUUUCCAACCACCCGACGAAGAACCAGCCAGUAGCGAGAAUUUAAAAACUACCUCUCGACGACAAAAGAAAUUAAGACGCAAAAAUAGAUUGAAAGCUAUAAAAAAAGAUCAGCUUGCAAAGAAGAGGCUCGCGCGUAAUCCAAUACCAACCACGAUGUCUUCAUGGGCUGAGAACUUUACGAGCGCCGUUACAUGGCAAUUGAAGCACCAAGUAGCCUUCUGGAAGUCCCGGGCUACGGCUUUAGAGUACGAGAAUAAGUUACUACAUGAUAUUAUUCGUAAAAACUAUUUGAACGAACGACAAUCAGACGAUAACUCUAGAUCUAAUUCAGACGAAGAAGAGGAAUACUUCGAGCCUGAAAAUGAGGUGGAAGAUGAUGCUGACGAGGAAAUAGAAGUGAGUGAAGAGUUUAUACAGUUUCUAAGAGAGAAUAAGAAGUUCCGAGACGAUGCAAAGAGGGAGAGAGAAAGAUUGAGAGCUCAGAAUGAUCAAGAACAAAGAGAAAUAGAGGAAAUGGAGGCUGGACCUGCAGAAAACGGUGAAGAUCCUCAAGAAAGGUUAAAGAAGUUAUAUGGAGAUAGUUGGGAAAGAAUAUCAGCUCUAGAAAUGUCUAUGCGAUCACAUUUUAUUAGUAUUUCAGAUAGCGAGAAACCAAUGUACUGGCCUAACAUACCAUUUAAUUUUAAUUUUGGAUGAUAUUAUGUUUAAUGUUAGUUAUAGUUAGUAUUAUGUUAUCUUGAGUAAGAUCUUUUUUUAUUGUAAGGUUGACUAUGAAAUUGUAUGAUUGGUUAAGUUUUUUGUUAUUACUUACUUAUUUACUUUUGAAAGUGUUAUCACUGAAAGUGAACAACAAUGCUGUAAACUUCAUGUCUAUUCUUUGUUAAUGAAAGGAAAAUAAAUUACCACUCACAUUGAGAAUCUUGUCUUUUUUGGGGAGCAAGUAAAGUUAUAUAAAGUUUUACAUGAUA